CUUUCUUUCUUUCUUUCUUUCUCCUUCCCCGAGUCUCUCAAACACUCAAGUCCCUCUCCAAUCUAUCAUCAUUUAUCAUCCCUUCCUUCCAUUCCCAUGGCGGUCAACGGAUUGCUCUUUCAACGACCUUUCCUCUAAUCGGCAAUCACCCCGUUUCCUGCUAGCUUCCGCCUCAAACUAAGUCAACACCUUCUUCUAUUACCUUCCGCGGGGGGCUGCGAAUCCCGAUUUGCGAGCCACUCUUUCGCCGCUUCCUUUGUCCGGGAGGCAUGGUAGGGAUGGGAGGUAGUCAGCGGACGUUCUCUGCCAAUUCUAAAGACUAUAAGCUUCUGGAAGAGAUCGGUCAUGGCGCCAGUGCUACCGUUUACAGAGCGAUCUUUCUACCAACCAACGAAGUCAUUGCUGUCAAGUGCUUGGAUCUCGAUCGAUGCAAUAGCAACCUGGAUGACAUACGGAGAGAAGCUCAAACCAUGAGUCUGAUAGACCAUCCAAAUGUUAUUAAAGCUUUUUGUUCAUUUGUCGUUGACCGGAAUCUCUGGGUGAUCAUGCCAUUUAUGGCUGAGGGGUCCUGUUUGCACCUCAUGAAGAUAGCAUAUCCUGAUGGAUUUGAAGAAGCUGCUAUCGGUUCAAUUCUGAAAGAAACUCUUAAGGCCUUAGAGUACCUACAUCGCCAAGGGCACAUUCAUCGUGAUGUCAAGGCUGGGAACAUACUAUUGGAUACCAAUGGAGUAGUAAAAUUAGCUGAUUUUGGUGUGUCAGCAUGUAUGUUUGAUACUGGGGAUAGGCAACGUGCUAGAAAUACUUUUGUUGGAACUCCUUGCUGGAUGGCACCUGAAGUGUUGCAGCCAGGAAGUGGAUAUAAUUCAAAGGCUGAUAUAUGGUCCUUUGGUAUUACGGCAUUGGAGUUAGCUCAUGGCCAUGCACCUUUCUCAAAAUAUCCACCAAUGAAGGUGCUUCUAAUGACCAUACAGAAUGCUCCUCCAGGACUUGAUUAUGAUCGUGAUAAAAAGUUCUCCAAGUCUUUUAAAGAAAUGGUUGCUAUGUGCCUGGUAAAAGAUCAAACAAAGAGGCCGACUGCAGAGAAGUUAAUGAAACACUCAUUUUUCAAGCAUGCUAAACCCCCGGAACUAUCUGUGAAGAAAUUGUUUGCAGACUUGCCCCCACUUUGGAAUCGUGUAAAAGCCCUUCAGGUGAAUAGUUGUAUUGUUGUAAUUCUGCAUUGGUGUCUUAUUCAGCUAGAAAGAGGUAUGAUUAACGUUGCUGAAAUGUCUCAGCUUAAGGAUGCUGCACAACUAGCUCUAAAAAGAAUGCCUUCAGGUGACCAAGAAGCUUUAUCGCAGAGCGAGUACCAGCGAGGAGUUAGUGCCUGGCACUUCGAUAUUGAGGAUUUGAAGGCCCAAGCAUCAAUGGUUAGAGAUGAUGACGAUAUGUUUGAGACCAAAUAUGAAGACGAAAGCUUGAAAUCAGAUGGAUGGGAUAAGGCUUUAGCCAAUGGCCAGCCUCGACUGGUGAAGCAUUAUUCCACUAGUGAAAUUUCACAGUUGGGUUCUACAACUGAAGCAUUGCGAGCUGAGAGCUUGAACCAGAAGGGCAAGUCUCUGGAAAGUGAUAUAGUAGAAGCAGCCUACCAGGAUAAACUUUGGAGCAACAGAAAUGGCUCAAGCCCCGAGUCGAAAGCAUCGACCUCAGAAAAUGACACUGCGCAGUCCAAGGCUAAAUCAAUCAAAAGUCGCCAAAAUCAUAGUGGGCCACUCAUGCCUGGCAAUGCAUUCAGUCAUUCGUCAGAAAGGGGUCGUACUUCAGAAAGGUUUGAGAGCGAAAUUCAGCCAGCAAAUGAAAAAGUCACGAGAAAAGCUCCAAGCUUUAGUGGUCCUUUAAUGCUCCCAAAUCGAGCUUCUGCAAAUAGUUUGUCAGCUCCAAGUAAGUCAUCUGGAGGAUUUCGAGAUUCUCUAGAUGAUAAGACUAAGGCCAAUCUGGUACAAAUCAAAGGGCGGUUCUCUGUAACAUCAGAAAAUUUGGACCUUGCAAAGGAUGUUCCUUUAAGUACAGUUCAACGUCGAUCCUCGCAGACAUCACCACUGAGAAAGUCUGCUAGUGUGGGUGAUUGGAUACUCGAGGCCAAACCAAUGCCUGUGGUCCAGGCACAAAAAGAGAUUAGUGGCGGCAGCAAUUUACCUGUACCACAACUCAUGACUCACCUCCAGAAUCUUUUUCAGCAGAACUCGAUGCAACAGGAUCUCAUCCUCAAUUUGCUGACUAGCUUGCAACCAGCAGAGGGAUCGGAUGCCGUACAAAAUGGCAAGUUGCCUCCAUUGCCUCGAUGUGCAGAGAAUAAUGGCACUGUUGAUGCAGCUGCUUCUGAAAGAGAACGGUUGUUGUUGCUAAAGAUCUCCGACCUUCACUCGAGGAUGUCUGGUUUGUCUGAUGAACUGAAUGCUGAAAAGCUAAAAUAUGAGCAAUUGCAACGGCAGCUAAAAUCGGAUGGGAGGGAAGCAGUGCGAGAAAGCUGAAAAGCUUUGUUUGUACAAUGAAACUUUGUAAAUGCAGGGAAGAGCUGUAAAUGACGCAUGCUGAUAACAAAAAAGCAUUUGCCAUUCAUUUUUCUGUACACUGGAUGGAGGUAAAAGGAAGGUAACUAUAUCGAGCUACUGGGCAUACCAUGAAGCCAUUGAUCCAUCCAAUGUUGUUCACGAGCGAGAUUUACAGCGGUAAAUUGUUCCAAUCCAAUCACCAGAGGGGGCCAAAUCAACGGAGAAGUAGUAGUAGCAGCAGCAGCAGCAGCUACAUAUUGGGCAGAUCUAGAUGCCAUUCAUUCAAUUUUAUAUCAACAGUUUCCGAGUCCGUUGAGCCAGUAGCUCAACCUAAUGUUUAUCAUACAGUUAUAUGCAUCAAAGCAGUAGAUGAUCUUCCUAGAAUGCACAUAACAUAUGUAUGGUAUCAUCAUAUGACUAGCAGAUACCCUAUUGUUACUCCGAGUUACUAUCGUUUCGUUGUUUUGUAUAGCUUCAUGAAGGCCGUCCUAUGCAGGAUCUUUUGCACUCUACCUAUGGUCUUGUUUAUUUCUAUACACAAGCUGUAAUGCACCAAAGACUGUACAGAUGUUAGGUUUCUGAGGUUUGCAAAUUUGUAACUAUUUGAGAUUGUUAUGUAGUAAUGUAUACCGAUAUCACUACUUUAUUUCA